AAACCCUGCACGUGCUCAGAUCAUGCUCACCCACCUCUCCCCCACCUUCCAAUUAAGCGCAGUCUCAUGGAGUUUCGCAGCGUGGACAGAUUAGGAAGAAGACUGUGGAGAUUAACAAUUCAUCAUCAAGAGUGUGAAAGAGACUUUUUUCAAAGUUUGUCUUUGCAGCUGGUCUCAUCCCCUGACAUGUCCAGUGAGGGGUCAGAUGUGGACUGUUACGUGAGGGACCCUGACUAUGAUCCCAAAUAUUAUGAAUCUACACCCAGUGAUGUGGUUGAAAACGUGGACACGGACUUUGACACUGAUGAGCCCAAAUCUACAAGUACAAUAUUGGCUGAAGAAGAUCAGGGUGGGGAUCAGGAUGAUGACCCAGAUUUUAAUAAAGAAGAAGAUCAAAAAGAAGGACAGGAGGAAGAUCAGGAUGAUGGCUAUGAGGAAGAUCAGGAUGAAGAUCAAGAAGAGGAUCAGAAAGAUGAUCAGGAUGAUGACUGGGAAGAAGGACAAGAUGAUGACCAGGAAGAAGCUCAUGAGGAAGAUCAGGAUGGUGACCAUGAGGAAGAUCAGGAUGAUGACCAUGAGGAAGAUCAGGAUGAUGAUGAUCAGGAAGAAGAUCCACUCAAAGGUGAAAGUCCCACACCGACACAGAGUCAUGUGACCUCUCCGAUAGAAACAGAUGAAGAGGAUGAAGAUAAAGGUCGUGACCUCUGUUCCCCUGCCCCCUGCAGUGAGGAUGAUGAUGAGAACCUGAGUUUCAGUCAGAAACCUUCUCAGAAGAAAAGAAAGAAGUCUGUGAAAGCAAGAGACAAAAGCUCUAACCUCAUCUCUAAAAAGAGACAUGCCCCCUGCCCUGAGGAUGAUGAUGAUGAUGAUGACCAAGGUCCUGAACUCUUCCACCCUAGAAAGAGACCUACCCCCUGCAGUGGGUUAGGGUUGGAUGGACAUACAGAUAAUUGUAAGUUAUGGGAGUUUGUUUGUUUUAUUCUCUGAAAUUUGAACACGAGUAGCCAAAUGAAAUACACAUGACCCUGACUAUUCUGACCAGAGAUCUACAUAAUAAAGGGUAGAUGUUUCGUCUGCACUGCUGGCCAGUGGAGUGGAAUUUCGGCACAAGGGCGACCAUCUUGCCAGAGUCAGCUCGCUCACCCAUAACAUGUGUUAUAGAGGUACAUGGACACAUGUUAUGGUUCUUUAAAAAGUCCAUGUACCUCUAUAACACAUGUUAUGGUUCUUUAAAAAGUCCAUGCACCACUACAACACAUGUUAUGGUUCUUUAAAAAGUCCAUGCACCACUACAACACAUGUUAUGGUUCUUUAAAAAGUCCAUGCACCACUACAACACAUGUUAAGGUUCUUUAAAAAGUCCAUGCACCACUACA